ACCAUGUGGACCUCUCUUCUUGCUAUCGGACUUGCAUUCCUACAGGUUGCCAGCGCCUGUGAAUCAUACGGUAUCGACUUCAAAGAUAAACGAAACUAUUUCAUUAACAUCAAUUCAAACGAAUCGUUCACCGCCGUAUCAGAGUUCUAUGGCUGUUCGGAACCUGCUCGCGCCAUCUUGUACACUCCCAGCAACCAUUCAAUCUUCUGCUCGGAUGUUGCGACCACACCAGAUUAUACUGACGCCACUACUACUUGUCCAAUAUUGAAAAACCAGAUGUAUUCUGGUGACUGGACUCUCGUACUUCUGGACAACAAUGGGAAUGGUAGCAGUUUCAACGCCCAACGUAAAUUGCACCUCAGUGUUGGCGAGCAAUCCACCUCGGUCGUCAUCCCUACCAUAACUCUAAGUGUUACGCAAACCCCUACAUCCGUUGUGAAUGCUACAAUCACAGACGUUGAUUCAACAACCCUCCAGCCUGUUUCGGUGACCAGUCUCGCUAGCAACGCAAAGACACAGACAGUGACCUACUACCCGCCCCGAGAGACCAUCACCAAAUCGUCGACAGCAACGGUCAAGCGCACCUCCACACGCUUUACCUACACCGUUAAGACCUAUACCGAGACCAAACUUUGCGCAGUUGCAUUCGUAGCUUUGGCAGCUGAUCCCACGGCCGACCCCAAGCUCCUCUCCAUCGCCCAAGCCGCCAUUGCUUCUGCAACCCCCUCCGCCGCUCCUGCCCGUCGUGCCAGGAUCAGGCGUGAUAUCACUCAAGUUGUUCAAGUUGCCAAACGCAAUGUCGUCAAUCUCGCCAAGCGCGCUCCCGAUAGCGCUACUGUGACCUCAACAGAUACCAACACUGCCCACUGGAUCUCAGUGACGUCCAGCUUCACAGCUGCUCCUGUUACGCAAACAUCAUACAGUAAAUUCUGCNNUCAAAUCCCGAUCGAUGGACAUAUGAAAGCUGAUUUUAUUCUAGCUACUGUGGAGAGUACGACAACAAUUACUCCAGCACCCAUCACCAUUGUUGCAAAGCAGACCACGGUCACAAAGACUGCCAAAACAUCUACUCGCACAGUUACCAAACGAACAACGACAACGUCCAAGAUCACGAAGACGGUCACUGCCACUCUCAAGGUUACUACCUACAUGCCUGGAAAAGGUUGUUCUUAG